AUGUUGAUCGAAAGAGACAAAAACUACAAGAGUUUAUUGUUCACGAAUAGGAUAGCUUCACUGAAAGUCUAUGAAACUGUUAUAUGGUAUCCGCAAACACCCGGCAUAUGGACAAAAGAACAAGUUGAAGCUUGGAAACCCAUUGUAGAUGCUGUUCAUGCCAAAGGUGGAAUCUUCUUUUGUCAGAUUUGGCAUGUAGGGAGAGUUUCUAAUCAAGGUUUUCAGCCAAAUGGACAGCCUCCUAUCUCUUGCACAGACAAGCCAUUAACUCCGCAAGUUCGAGCCAAUGGUGUUGAUGUUGCAGAAUUUUCACCUCCACGACGAUUAAGUACCCAAGAAAUUCCUGGAGUUGUCAAUGACUUUAGAAUUGCUGCGAGGAAUGCUAUGGAAGCUGUGUCUAUAAAGCCUAGGAAACUUCCUUCAAAAUCUCCCCAGGAAAAGGACAAAUAUGCUUGCCUGUUUGGAGAAGAUUAUAGUUCUUCAUCCACAAUCAUAUUUUACAUAUUUCAUGGUCUUGAUAUUCAUCAAAAUGUGACCUCGAUGCCUCUCUCACAAAGACCAGGCUUUGAUGGUGUUGAAAUCCACGGGGCUCAUGGUUACCUAAUAGACCAGUUUAUGAAAGAUCAAGUCAAUGACAGAACUGACAAGUAUGGAGGGUCUUUAGAGAACCGUUGUCGGUUUGCUCUAGAAAUUGUUGAAGCUAUCAGUAAUGAGAUAGGAGCAGAUAAAGUUGGCAUUAGGCUCUCUCCUUUUGCAAAUUACAUGCAAUCAGGAGAUUCAAAUCCUGAAGCCCUGGGUCUUUAUAUGGCUGAAUCAUUGAAUAAAUAUGGUAUUCUCUACUGCCACAUGGUUGAGCCAAGGAUGGUAACUGUUGGAGAAAAAAGCGACUGCCCCCACAGUCUUUUGCCCAUGAGAAAGGCAUUUAAUGGCACUUUUCUUGUCGCAGGGGGCUAUAAUAGGGAAGAUGGUAUCGAAGCUGUGGCUAAAAACCGUGCAGAUCUUGUUGUUUAUGGCCGUUUGUUCUUGGCCAACCCAGAUUUGCCAAAGAGAUUUGAGCNAAUGGCACUUUUCUUGUCGCAGGGGGCUAUAAUAGGGAAGAUGGUAUCGAAGCUGUGGCUAAAAACCGUGGAGAUCUUGUUGUUUAUGGUCGUUUGUUCUUGGCCAACCCAGAUUUGCCAAAGAGAUUCGAGUUAA